GUCAUUUUUUGGGAGAAAUAUCUAGCUGCGCGCGGGCUUGAGAACAAGCGUGUUGAGACAAGUCUUCAGCAGUGAACAAAUGUACGAAAGCAAGUGCUCAAAUUAUCGUUACACAGCUUUUAUUCCUUGUGUUGCUACGGAUGGUCAUCGAUAUUUAGCUGCAAAUUUAUCGAAAAAUGGAGAAAUUGUGGACAGUUGUACAUUUCAUUGAUGAAAAUGCCGUUGAAGCCGUUCCAUCUACUUGGAUUAUUAAUAACAAAUGUUAUUGGCCGCCAUUUCCAAAAGAAAAAAUUGUUGCAGCAAUUAAAAAACAUGCUAAACCUAAUACAUGUUGGCCUUCACAUGAUAUCAAAACUUUCAGAAACAACAGUUACGAUAACUAUGGAACAGCCAGGGAAAAAACUAGAAAAGCUGAAUUUACAUCAGAAUUAAAUUCUGAUACUGAGCGAGAAAGAGAAAAUGUCAAAACUUCAAAGAGAAAAAUUUACUCAAAAAUGUUGUCUUCAUGUUCAAAUGAUUUUGAUGAAGAGUGUAUUAACACUAAAUUACCUACGCCUUCAAUUAUGCAAGGAAACUGGAGCUGGCUUUAUGUUGAGCAGGCAAGAUCGCUUGCCGGAGCCUAAGUUGCUUGAGCCCACGGUACUCGACGGAAAAACAGGAUAGAAGCGGUCGCUGGCGAAAAGUAUUCCGCAAAAACCAAGGCACUUGACUCCUUUUCGGAACCUGGGUAGCUUUUUCUGGUCGGACGGAUCAGGAAGAAGAGAGCCACGAGAUGCGCGCUCUCUUGGCUUAUAUGCCCAAGCUCGGUGGUCGGGGGAUACUCAAGGAGCGGUCGGAAGCUCAGCGGAGCUAACAUCCCCGCCACUCGCGAUCGGGUACGGAAAACGGAACGCGUUCGAAGUGCGUGAGAUCGGCGACGACUGUGCGUGUGCGCCGAGAUUGUCGUUGCGCGGGAUGCUUUGUUCAAGCGCGCGCGGACGUAUACAAUUUACUAGGCGCUAUGCGCUUUGUCGCUACUGUUCAGCGGAUGUUCGGCCGAACUGCGUGGGAUGGUGGAAGGUCCGGGAGGUGGUAGCAGGUCGGUUUGUUACACAAUUAAAAAAUAUAUGUCAAUCUUGAAAUUGAUAGAUUUUAUGGAUGGCAGGUUCUUUACACGCAAACGUUAUAUUACGUUCACAAAAACGUUAAUUAAAUUUAAAUAGAUUUUGUCAAUAAUUAUUUUAUUUUGAAGUAAAAUACUGAGAGAAAUCAUGCCGAAAUUAAAGAAACAAAAAUUUUAUAGUCAUCAGCAUCAAAGCCGACUUAUAGAACAAAUGUUACAAGGAAUUGAACUUGGUGAUUGUAAAGAAUUGGAGAAUUUAUCUAAAACAAGAUUCUACUACAGAAUCAUUUGUCAAUCAAACCCAAAUUGACCGUAUUGAAGUAAGUCCAUUGUUAAAACUUAACAUAGAUAUGAUUUCUUAAUUCCUCCGUGUUGAGAAAUAGGUGAUUAGUUUGUUCAGAUUAUAGAAAAGCGAUUAUAGAAAAGUAAUUGUGUCAACAUUGGAACCUAUUUUCGUUAGACUAGUUCGUAAGCUUAAAUAUUAGAUUUCAUAACCCGAUGUGUCAAGCGCGCUUAUUUUCAAAAUAUCAUGUUAAUUCAUCGAUACCGAGGUCAGGGAAACAAUUAGUUAUAUUGCUCUGCAUGUGCGAUCAGCCGUUUUCCAUGUGAUUUUGGCCUUCUCGACAUCGGGAGAACAAUAUUGACCAUCGGAUAAGAUUUCGCGUCAAUAAUCUCGUCCCUUCCAAAGGGGCCUGUUCGAUCCAAUUUUCGGGUACAACCGAAGCUCACUCCGUAGAGAGAUUCACCGAGGCACAGUAAAGCGAGCGACAUCGAAAUUUCGGGAUAACGGGUCGAGACAUUAGCGCAUUUGAUUCGAGAGCGAGCGCAACGGCUCACCGCUCCAUCACUACAGUGACACGGCGUGUUGGAAGAGUGAGCUUGUAAAAAAUUUGUGAUAAAUAAAAUAAAAUUAAUCAUUAUUUGAGAUCACGAAAUUGAGGGUUCUUUCUUGUCGACCACUCCU